AUGCAUCCCCAACUUGAAUCCCAAAGGUUCCAUUCAUGUCUCGACCUCAUUGAGGCACUUGAUAAGUGCCACCAGGCUGAGUAUUAUAAAAGAGCCCUUGGGCUAUGUAAUAACGAGAAAGAAGCUCUUUCAAAAUGUUUGCAUCAGGCUAGAUACGAGGUAGGAAAAGCUGCCAUUUUAGAGAAUCGCAAGAAACAGAAAGUUGUGGAAGCUAAGUGGAAGCAGAUCCGGGAAGAAGAGUAUGGCGAGGAUGCUAUUUUGAAGAGGAUUAUCCAGGAACAGGUGGCCAAGAAGCAAAAGGAGCAAGCAAAGGAAAACAAAUGA